AUGCUUAGCUUGACUCCUUCUUCUCAUCAUCGUCAUCAUCACGAGAAGAAUAAUGACGAUGGAGGCAACAUCAAUACUGAAUAUCCCAAGAUAAAACAACCUCCUCCCCCAUUUGAAAUUUGUCGUAAAUCCAUACCCAGAUCAUUGGUAUCCAGUCAUAGAGGACAAUUUUCCUCCGAUGGAACCUUGUCUUUUAUGAUUCAUCCAAACAAGAGACAAAUUAAUAUUAUUGAUACGGAAACGAGUCAAUUGAUUAGCACUUUUUAUCAUGAUAGGAAUGAUUCAUCAUCCGUAAUAGAGUCUUGUUGUUUUUCAAAACACCAACACAAUGAUGUUCUCUAUUGCUUUACAAAUGAUAAGAAAUUAUUGUGUAUUGACAGCUUAUCAGGAAGAAAAUUAUUUUCAGCUCCGAUUGAGAAUGAUGAUGAUGAUGAUCAGGUUAUCUUCUCUCAAUCCAUUGCUACAAAAUUUCCAAAACGAGCCAAACAUGAUGACAUGAGCGAUGAUGACUCUUCUUCUUUCAUUGAGUAUCAUGUCGUUGUUGUUGCCAGUAGUACAAGGCUGGGAAUGAUUGACCACAAAACUAACACAGAUAUCACGUGGUUUGCUGAUUUUGAAAGCCCUCUUUCAUCCAUACAUUAUUCAAAUGACUUGAGAUUGCUUGUUUGUGGAUUCAAUUCAGGACAAAUUUCGUUCUACAAAAUUCUAGGAGAAGCAGAGCCAGAAUCCAUUGAUUUGGUUUUUAAGCAAUAUUUGAGUGAAAGACCUAUCACUAGUUGCACAAUUACUAAUAUUGGCAGAAAUCAUGAUUUUUGUCUUGUGAUUGGUACUGACUCAACUCUUUUGGAUCUGUUCUAUUUUUCGGAUUACUUUAAACAAUGCGAUUUAAGCCAAUCUAUUGAUUUGUGUAAAGUAUUUGAAACCAACUCGGUUAUGAACCUACAGCUCAAAACUAUUCAGUUCAAAACAAAACACAACAGAAAAGAUUCAUCCGUGGCAAUCAUUGUAUGCAAUGACAGUAAUGAUCUAUUUCAUGUUGGAGUUUUUGACAUGAACUCUUGGAUCAAAUCAGAAAAAGUUUUAGAAAAAUCUCUUCAGGACUAUACUGCAGAAACAGCGCUAUGCUCGUCAUUAUUGUUAGAUAUUUUCAUUGAGGAGUCUUCCAUUAUUUAUAGUCCAACUUCCAUCUCAUUUACUCUGACCAUUCUCUCUCAAAAAACACUAUUUAAUAUUACGUAUGAGAAUAGAAUGAAUUUGGCAAUACAAGAAGUUGCGCAAAGAAAUGUAGAAGAUAUUGUCAAUCGAGAUAAGAGAAGAAGAUUGAUUCAAAUGUGCAAAGAAAGAGGAUUAACACUAGCAAGCGAUUUGUUUAACAUUAACACAAUCUUUGACAUGCUCUAUGAUCAAUCUCUUCUCUCUGUAUUGGUUGAAUACAUUCAAGGAACUGUUCCAAACACUGAUUCUAAUUUGAUACAUCACGAUGACAUUUAUAAAGUAUCAACAGCAGUGAAUCAAAGAUUUGCCAUUCAUGACAUUAAGGAUAUCAUGGUUUGGAUCAAACACAAAAAGGAAUUUGAAGAGAAGAAACUUCAUGAAUAUCUCAAUACCUUUAUGGUAAGAACAGAUGCAAGUAGAACCAUUCCACCACUUGUCAUUGCUGAGACUAGAAACAAAAUCUCAAUGUCCAUUCAAAGACUGAACUCUUUACGAUUAUUAAUUUCAGCUGUGAUUAAUAGAGCAAAAUUGAUGGAGGAUGGAGCGACUUCUGAUGUAUACAUUCCAAGUCUUGUGAGUUAUGAUCAUCAUAUUCGAUCCAUUGCAGAGUAUGCACGAGUGGGAGAAUGGUUCUUGGAAAUUGGUUUAUUACCAAUGUCUGCUAAUCUAUUCAAUACUUCAGCGUUGGAAAAGGAAUGGAAAGAUCGGUUAUUAAAUCCAUUCCCUCCACUUUCUGAAAUUAACAUUUCAAGACAAGAAUUUCAUGCGAUUCAUGAAUUACUACGAUUAGAGUCAGUGAACUCGGACAUGCAUCCAACAUUCAAGAUGACCGAUCAAGAGAAUAUCACUUCAAACAAGAUGAACGAUCAAGAGAAUAUCACUUCUACUACUACUGCAAGUGCUACUACCACUACCACUACUACUACUGCAAGUACUACAAGUGCUACUAACACUACCAAUACCACUACUACUACUACAGAAGAAAAAUUCUUUAUCCAUCUUCUACUCAAGUAUGCAUGCAAAGAACCAAUGGAAUAUCCACCCAAAGAUUUAUCGCAUUUUAUCACUUGUCUAUUUAGGGAAGAACCUCUCAAUGAUGAUGCUUUCAUUUACAAACAUCUUGCCAUGUUUUAUUUCAUCAUUGAUUAUCUUUCACAUGGAAUUGGUAGCCAUGCAGCAGACAAUAACACGACCACUAAAAAGCUCAACAGUUAUGCAAAAUUAUUCAAGAUCACAACACCAUGGCAACAUCUUACAUUCAGUUUGUGGCUUUUAGAUACAAAGAGAAGUAAUGAUGAUCUUCUCAAUGAAGCUGUUCAAUAUGCUUGUUGUAGUUUUGCUGCUCCAAAUAAUGGACUCAAACAUAGAGCUUGGAAUUAUGAUAUUGCUAAAAUAUUGGUCAAGUGCUCAUCAUUCAGUGCUGCGAAUCGACUUUUAGAAUUUUCUACUAGUGCCAUUGAGAGUGAAGUGUUAAAAACAAUCAUUUAUCUCACCAAUGACAUGGUUCAUUUGGCUUUUCAAAUGCAACGAAAAUUGAGUCACAUGGAAGAACAGAGAAGAAAUGUAUUCUUUUGCAUUCUUCACUAUUCCUUGUUGGGAAAUUUCUUCUCGGACUUGUUAACAACAUUCCCAUUUGAUGAAACUGAGUGCUUAUGGAUUGAACUAUUUUUGAAAAAUAAGAAGAAUUAUGAUCUACUGUUCUCGUAUUAUAUUUUAAAUAGUAAUUAUGUGGAUGCAUUCAAUCUCUAUAGUUGGAUGUUAAAUAGUUAUACCUCAACAACACAAGCCAUAGAUGCAAGAACAUCUUACCUUGAUCUCGUUCGUAGUAUUAUUCCACCUAUUCAACUUCGAGCAUUAGAGCAACAACUUGCAACCAUGCCAUCGAGUACUACUACAACCAUAUUCAAACAACUUGUAUUGAAACCAAGCUUGAAACAUCCAUCACGAUUAUUCUCUGAACGCCCAACACUUACACAAAAACCUAAAAAGAUCAAAACAGAUCAUGUCGCUUCCAUGACAUCAUUUAAGGCAUGGUUAGAAAAUACUACCAAAGAUACGACCAUUCGUAUUCCUUCAUUGUUUGAUCAUGCUCCAAAAUGGAAACAACAUCGUCCAAAGAAAACUGCUGCUCCACAACUCUCCUCUCAAAAUAUGAGACUACCAAGUGAACACAAAAUCAUUGAAGAGAGAAAAAAGACAUCCACAGCAGAGGAAGAAGAUCACAUGUUGGAAGAAGAAACGAGCACCACUUCAGAAAGUGAAACCUCACUGACCUCUUCAGAAGCAUCCUCUCUCGAAGAUAAAAUCCCUGCUGAGAGUAGUACGAGUAGGGGCGUUUCAACAUUGAGACCUCCUCCUCCUCAGUCACGACAAUUGGCAAUGAAAACAUUACCUCCUAAAGCGUCACCAAAAUAUUCAGAGCCUUUAGAAAUUAGUGAUGAAGAAGAAGAGGAAGGAGAAGCGUAUGAUGAGGAGGAAGAAACGAAUCAAGAAGAGAAUGAAUUAGAUCAAAUGCAUGACGAAGAGGAGGAACAACCAGUCUCAGUUCGAAAGGAACCUGCUUUUAGCAACAUUUUUGAUGAGGAAGAGAACACAAAGGGUUCUCCCUCUCACAACUCUGAGUCUGGAGAGGAAGAAGAGUCAGCAGAAGAAGAAACUAGUGUUAUUGAAGAAUAA